UCCUGUCCCCUCACCCCUAAUCGACUACAUCAAUCUAGACGAACGAAACGAAAAUAUUAUAGGAUUUUGGUCACGACGAGGAAAGAAAAUAGAAUUGAAAAGAAUAUUAGAAAAUACAGAAAGAAUGGAGUACCUGACGAAACAGCCCGAGAACCUCUCCGCUUUCCAGCGGUUUGGCCGCUGGCUUCGGUUGAAGCAGUACCAGAUCGAGGUCACUUUCGGAGUCUACAUGUUUACGCCAACUGAAAAGUUUCUAUUUUGGUCCGUCGUGUUCCUCCUAUGCAGCUUAUUGAACAUCGCUACCGUCCUCUACCUUCCACAACACCUUCUUUUCAUCAUUCACCGCGCGUGGUUUUACGUUAAUGGCGGCGAGAGUGGUGUGGCUUCCAACGUUGUCGCGGGAAACAAGGAUGCUUUAUCACUAGCAACAUCAUACGCGACGAAAACGAUGGCAGCCGCUGUCUCAGAAACGGCCGAAUCGAUAAGUCGAGAAUUGUAACGCUCAUGAGCCCAAGCCCCAAUGAUACCAUUCUGCCCUACGAAGCAAGUGGCGAACAACGUAAUAUUUAAUCAGGGGAGGUCGUGUCUAGUAUCGACCUAAUCAAAGAGGAGGUGACAUUUGGCGUCAAUAUGCUCGAGAUACGGUUUGGCGUUCGGAUCAAUAGACUUGCGUGUCGAUGGGCUUGCAACGAAGUCACG